AUGAAGAAAGAAACUCAUUCCACCGGUUACCAUUUGCUUAGAAGUGAUCCAGUCUUGGCUGAUGAGUUAGAAGAACCACCGGAAUCAACCCAAGAAGAAGAAUCAGCCGAAGACAAAGCAGCUGCCACCGACAAGUCUCCCCUCUGGAAAGCAGUAGUCAACUUGAUGAGUAGCAUUGAGGGAACAGGCCUGCUCGCACUACCAUAUGUCAUUGCUCAGAGUGGACUAGUGGCCAUAGCAGCAAUGGCAGUUGUGCCAUUUAUCGCUUUCUACACUGGAGCAAUCUUGAUUGACUGCCUUUACGAAAACAACGAUGCUGGAGAAAGAGUGCGUGUCAGAUCCAACUAUAAACAACUGGGUGAAGCUUUCUCGCCUCGUUUUGGCGGUACCAUAGUUUCCACUAUCCAGUUAGUGGAACUUUUUCUCCUGGCAUCUUUGUACCUUGUAUUAUUUGCCUCGCUUUCGAGAGGUAUCUUUCCAGAUUUGCCGCUGUCCGACAAAGUAUGGAUGUUAUCGCAGCUGCGGUGAGUCUUCCAACUUUAUUUGUGAAGAAUCUCUCGCAGGUUGCAUGGAUGAGUUUAUUGAGUGUGAUAGCUUUAAUGGUAGCAGUAGUUGCUGUUUUAGCUUACGGAAUAGCUCAUGAAUACUCAUGGGCCCCAAGGGAAAUCUUGGUGUGGAAUAUAGAUAAAGUGCCUGUUUCGUUUGCAAUUGUUAUCUUCAGUUAUAUAUGCCACCCUGUUUUGCCAGGUGUUGAGGCAAGCAUGGAAAACAAAUCCAAAUAUCGCACAAUGCUUGCCCUUUCAUACUUUUUCGUUGCUAUCGUAAAAGUGGUUUUUUCAGUGUGUGCAUUUUUAUCUUUCAGUUCUAAUAUCCAAGAUGUUAUCGUAAACAGCCUUCCUGUGGGAGUUAUCCGUAGCCUUGUAAACGCAUUUUUACUUUUAAACGGAAUUUUUUCAUAUCCUUUCUGUGUAAUAACGAUAAUCCAAACAAUCGAAGAAUCAGUCUCCCCCGAUUCGUUCUCUUGCAAGAUACCGGAUCUUGUUUGGUUUAUUGGCAUCCGAGUCUCAACCAAUUUCCUUACCCUACUUCCAGCAAUUAUAAUCCCACAUUUUGCGCUCUUUAUGGCGUUUAUUUCAAGUUUAACGGGAUCUGCAAUUGCGUUUAUUUUACCAGUAAUUUUCCACCUCGUCAUAAAACAACAUGAGCUAAAACUAUACCAUUAUAUUUUUGAUAUAUCAGUUUUAAUUUUCGGUUUCCUUGCUGCUGCACUUGGCUUGGUUUACAGUGGGAAAUCUCUUUUUGAGGAUUUGUUCCAUCAUCAUUCAAACAAGUAGUUAUAAAAUAAGUUUGAAAAUAUCGCUAUUUUAAUUUAGGACUCUAUUUGAGGGAGGAGCAGAGGAGUUUUGAGCCUCUCUACUUGUGUGCCUAUUAUUAUUGAAAGCUAAAGUUAGUUGAAUCUCACGCAUCAUUAAGUAGUCGAUUUGUUUAUUAUCACUCAAUUUUGCCUUAACGGUUGUUUUGCAACAAAUGAAGGCAUUCCUACCUUAGGAUGGAUGCUUUAAAACCGGGUACAUAAGAUUCAUGUUGCCGACACCUUUGGAAAUCAAUCAGAGCCUUUUGGUCAAUUUUUAAUGGGCGAUGUUACUGUUGGACGGCAUCAGCAUAAAUUUUGACAUCAAUCUUUGUGCACCUUUUAAUCUGGCUUUUUGCGAAAGGUUUCGUCGGUUCAUGAUCAGGGUUAGCUUUAACAUAGCCAGCUGCUGUUGUUUUAGCCAUGCUACGGGCAUGGUCACUUUACAUUGACCAGAAACCUUAUUAGUGAUCACCCAAUCCUUGCAAAUUCAUCGGGUAUUAGUUUGGUGUAGUAUAUGCUGCUGAUUCGUUGUUAGAUUUUUACACAAUCCUUAGGCAUUGAGUCGUUUUUACACCGUAGAUCAAACCUAUGUCUUAACUGAGGCUCCGUUUGUAUGAAGAAGGCCUGCUGCGGGUAGAUGGAACACCCUCCCAACCGACUCAACUUGAGCGGGUGUUUAUACUUAGACCGCGAUCCUUUCGAUCAGCGCCAGUGACCAAAAGAAUCCCCGCCGUUGGAAAAAAAAACGAAACGGAUUGAAUUGACAGAGGUAGGCUAUUUGGCGGGGUCUUUGAUAAUGUGUGGUUUAAAGAGUCAUCCUUGAAGGAGAGAGACCUACAAGAUAAAUUGUGAAUGUUGGAGGUUGUAAAUAAUGGUAAUUGAACUGAGCGAGAGUUAAAUUUGGUCUGAAAUUAUACGCACGAUUUUAAAAUGGGAGCGCGCAGCGCGAGUUCGAUUUGAAAUCACAAAACUAGUAUGAUUUCAGACCAAAAUUGCACUACACGAAGUUUAAUUAAUUAAUUACAGCAUUUUGAAAUCGCAGAAUUCAGUCAGUACCAAGUUAAAUUGAUCUAGUAGUCGUUUGAUGAAAAGUAGAAGCAUUAAAAGGCUUCUACACUCAUUUUGUAAUCGAAACAAAAAUGAUGCGAUGUAAGAGCAAAACUGUUGCGAUUUGAAACAAAAACUAUGCGAUUUAGAACAUGAAUGACACAAUUUAGAAGAGAUGUGAUUUGAAGCAAAAAUAGUGCAAUUCGUGAAUAAAUCACAGUGCUGAGAGCCAAUAAGAUUGCAGGGAUCACCAGUGAUUUCAGAAUGGAUGCAUGCUGAAAACCUACUCUUUCAAUGUAACUCAUUAACUAGAUGUUCCGAUGAUUGCGGGCAGAGCUCUUUAACCUUAAUAAACGUACAUUUAAAAAAAAAACAUGGCUUGCAUUUAUUCGACUGUGUGUGAAUGAAAUGUUUAAUGUGGAAUGUGUGUAAAUAUAUUUGUGUUUCUUUAGACUCCGCAUCACUUUACUUGCUUUCAACGGGUAUGAGACAGGUUUGUCAACUGGGAAAAAUUUAAUUCUCAUGUUUUACGUUAAGGAGCUAGGAGGGAACUGCCAACACUACAGAAAAAAAAUAACAAACACCGCAUCACCAGCAAAAAACAACAAACAAGAUGAAGAAACACCAACUUUGCAAUAUAAUUUUUCUCCUAUUAUUAAUCUAAUCCAUUAAUUUUCAUAAAGUUGGGAAAGGAGGAUCUCGGAGCUGGUGUUGAUUUUGUAG